UACUAGUGUAGAUAACAUGUAACCUUGUACCAUCAACAACAUGGGUGUCAAGAAAACAGCGUUUCUCAUCGUGGUGGUGGUUGUGAUCAUAAAGUCCAAUGCUGUGCGAGUACAGUCUCCUGAUCUAUCAUGCCACAAGCCAUUACCACAUUACAAACCUGUCAGAACUUAUGCAAGACCACACGAAUAUUUGGAUUUAUCUAAUCUACCCAGAGAAUGGGACUGGAGAAACAUAAAUGGCACAAACUAUUGCAGUGCCACAAGAAACCAACAUAUUCCACAAUUCUGUGGUGCUUGUUGGUCAAUGGCUACUACUAGUGCACUAGCAGAUAGGAUUAAUAUUAAAAGAAAGGCUGCGUGGCCUCUAGCUUUUCUGUCCGCCCAAAAUGUCAUUGAUUGUGGUCAAGCAGGUACGUGUUAUGGUGGGGAUCACAGAGCUGUUUAUGUUUAUGGUAACCAGAAUGGAAUACCGGAUGAGACCUGUAAUAAUUACCAAGCAACCAGUGACCAAGCAUGUAACGAGUUUAAUUCAUGUGGUACAUGUACAACUUUUGGUGAAUGUGAAAAAUUACAGAACUACACACUGUGGAAAGUUGGUGAUCAUGGACAAGUAACUGGUCGAUUAAAUAUAAUGGCUGAAAUCUAUAAAAAUGGUCCCAUAAGUUGUGGGAUUGACGCUACUCUUAAAGUGCAUAGUUACCGCAGUGGAGUGAUCUCUGAAAGAACGUUUUACAACUUUAUUAAUCACGUGGUUUCUAUAGUUGGUUGGGGUGUCGAUGACGUAGCUGGCGAAUAUUGGAUUGUAAGAAAUUCAUGGGGAGAACCCUGGGGUGACAAUGGUUGGUUUAAAAUAGUAACAAGUGCGUCUCACAAUGGUGAUGGAGCAAAAUACAAUCUGGGAAUUGAAGAUUCGUGUGCAUACGGCGAUGUGAUAAUACCACCAGCACCGUAGAUGUCUUUAAGAGGACAUUGUUACUUUACCUAGAAAAUAAAAAUCUUAAACAAUGUCAUAUUUAAAAUAACCUAAAAGUUAAUUAUUGGAUAUCCAAACUUCAUAAUACUACUUUGAAUAAGUCAUUUUCCUCGAGCGUUAUGUAAAGUCCCCGGAAAUAAUGGAUUGACAGACCUUUGUCAAACAUUGUAUAAAUUCGGAUUUUUACACGCCUAUCCCUUGAUGUUGAACGUCAUGUGCCCAUUGGUGGUGGAGCAAAAUACAAUAUGGGAAAAGAAGAUUUGCAUGUUGGCUACUAAAUGUAAAUUGUUAUUUGCUUUAAUUUUUGCAACCUUUUAAUAAAUAAAAUAUGCGGUAUGAUAAUACAGAGAU